AUGCAUUACACUCCAAGCCCUCCUCCCGCGCCUACACCAGCGCAGCGACCUCGCCCUUAUCACUGGAAAAAGGACGUCACAAACUACUACGACGCAGUGCUAGAUGAUAAGGACUUCCAUAUUCGAAAAACCUGGUGCCACGUCCUCGGCCAAUAUCUGGACGACAAGGACGUCAGGGCUACCCACAUUGUACCGUGGUUCCUGAACAUGCCCAAGAUAUCACAGGUCCUCUUUGGGAAUAAAUGGGAGCCUCUGCUAGGACCUUCGAAUUCUCUUCUCAUGGGUGGCAACAUCAAGCUCUGGUUUGACAAGUUCCAGCUGGUCAUUGUGCCAGUGCGUCUCGGACAACUACCCAUACAAUGGCGGGCCGAACUUCUUGACAGCGCCAUCCUUCGAAAGUUCGUUUUCCCGUUGAAGCAACAGAGCGCACUAGACUUCAAUUCAGUCAAUGACCGGAUUCUCAGCUUUUGCGGCGAUAGUCGCCCGGAUCCCAGAUACCUCUACCUUCACUUUCUAAUCGCACUGAUUCGGCUUAAGGCGAUGAAUAAACCGGGAUGGCAGCAGCGGUGGGCUCGGUUCCGAGCAAUAAAGCCCUUUAAUGACGUUGGUGCAUUUAUAGACACGAAUGUCUUGGCUAUCCUCGUGGCUCAGUUUGGCAAUGGACGAGCCAGUCUUCCAACCGAUUUAAGGCUUGUGACGGACUUCCUGAGGACCAAUAGCGUGGCAAGACCGAUUUCCAUGGAUGCCCGUGCGUUUUGUAUAUUUGGACAAGAAGCCAGACUAGCCAUUGAAGAAAAGGCGGCGUCCAAUAUUGUCUUGGAAGAUGAGGAAGCGGAGGAUAGGAAGUCGGCGCCGGGUUGGAUCGAGAAUGUAUGA